ACAUUCCCACAAACAGGUAUGUCACACUUAUGGAAUAUUCCUGAUGCUGUCCCAGAUGCUAUUCAGGAGAUGGAGGUCCAGGAUUUUGAGGAUAUCAUGAUUACCAGGAUGAAAAGUCUCAUCUUCUGUGAGGGUAAUGCACCUCCAUUUGCAAUUGACCAUGAAUUGGUAGAGUUCACUGAGAAGAGUACAAGAGAUCAGAGAACAUCUGACAUGUGGCAGAAACUACACAUUGGUCGACUGACUAGUUCUUUGUUCGGUGACGUUUUGAAAGCUGGACCCAAUCCAAAUUCUUUAAUCAAGCAAGUUGUGGAGGGUUCCAGUCUUCAUAAGUAUGCUGCUCUACCACCAGCUGUUAAAUGGGGACAGGAAAAGGAAGCCCAGGCACGAUCUGACUAUGUUAAUCUGAAAUCUGCCAUUAACGACAACUUUUCCGUCGAAGAUACAGGUCUCACUUUGUGUGCAGAUCAUGCAUUUUUGGGUGCUUCCAGUGAUGGGAAGGUUUUGGAUGGUGACAACAUAGGUCUCUUGGAAAUUAAAUGCCCCUACUCCAUCCAGGGAACCCAAGUAACCAGGAAGGAAGUGGGUGAAAUUAUUGCCAUGGGAUACCCCAAUUUUAGCCUGGAGGAAAGUCUGGAUGGGCCACGUCUCAAAAAGAGCCACAAGUACUAUGCACAAGUCCAAGGGGAAUUGGCAAUUAAAGGAUAUCCCUGGUGUGACUUUGUCGUUUGGACAGACGCUGCACAAAACAAUAUUUGUAUUGACAGGGUAUAUUUUGAUUCUGAGUUUGUGGCAUCUAUGAUGCCUAGACUUAUUGAUUUUUAUAUGCAUCACAUAGCCAAGAAGUAAUUAAAACAAACACUGUAUGAAAUGAUAUGAAUCAUAUAUUCAAAAAAUUUCAUUAUUUGUUUUCCAUGAAAUGAGCUAAAUGAAAAAUUUAAUUAACUUAAUUUAUUUAUUGACAAAAAACCCCACAUGUGGCAAGAGUCAUACAUAUUCAAAUAAAGUAUUCAAAUCUAGUCAUUGUCUUAUGUUAGAUGCAUGACAUAUGAAGUUACAAAUAUUUCUUGUUGGUUUAACAUCUGUUGGAUUAAGAAUUUUAUAAGAUAUAAAUGCCUUAUCUAAAAAAAGUUUACAAUAUUCACUUCAAAGUUGUUUAUAAAG